AUGAUUAAUAUACAUAAGAGCAAAAGUCUGACUGAUAGAUACAAACUUUAUAGUGAUCCAAUUUCAAUUUACAUUUGGAUUAUUAUUUCAGAAUACAUAUUGAUGUUCACCUUAUUUGUUUUAUAAACUGCAAAAUUAUUUUUAAUAAACAAGGAACUUGAUGAGAUAAACUUUGAAGCCAUAAAAAAAAUAAUGAAUUUUGAAGAUGGCAGUAGGAAAAUAUAAAAUUAAAUUCUUAAAAAAGGUUCCAAAAGUGAAUUCAUUUAUUUUUGA